UAAAGUGACUUCAAGAUACACAGCAAUGACAAGAAAAAAUAAGUAGUAGAAAAAUAAAUUUCAAGCUACAAACCUAUGCAGUUAAGAGGAGGAAAUAAGAUUGUGCUGAAAAAAGAGAGGUUUGGGAAAGCGAGCAGAAGGCUACAGCAAUACAAAGACUGUGCAGUGAACACCUGACAUAAUAUUUGAAUUAUAAAUAUAAAAGAAUGGCAAGUCCUCUACUUCGCUAUCCUAGAUCACACACAGGGGAGAAGUUACAUCAGUGUAUGGAAUGUGGGAAACAAUUUAAUAGGAAAAGUUCUCUUACUAUACAUGAACGGACCCACACAGGGGAGAAGCCCUAUAAAUGCAUGGAAUGUGGAGCAAGCUUCAGUUAUAGUAAGAAUCUGCGUAUCCAUCAGAGGAGGCACACAGGGGAGAAGCCACAUAAAUGCAUAGAAUGUGGAAAGAGCUUCAGUCGGAGGGACAGUCUACGUUCCCAUCAAAGGACCCACACAGGGGAGAAGCCACAUAAAUGCAUAGAAUGUGGAAAGAGCUUCAGUCGGAGGGACAGUCUACGUUCCCAUCAAAGCACCCACACAGGGGAGAAGCCAUAUGAAUGCAUGGAAUGUGGAGAAAGCUUCAGUCUCAGUGGAAAUCUACAUUCCCAUCAAAGGAAGCACACAGGGAAGAAGCCACAUAAAUGCAUGGAAUGUGGAGCAAGCUUCAGUGAGAGAAGCAGUCUACGUUCCCAUCAAAGGAAGCACACAGGUGAAAAGCCAUAUAAAUGCAUGGAAUGUGGAGCAAGUUUCAGUGAGAGAAGCAGUCUACGUUCCCAUCUAAGGACCCACACAGGGGAAAAGCCAUAUAAAUGCAUGGAAUGUGGAGCAAGCUUCAGUCAGAGAACCAGUCUACGUUCCCAUCUAAGGACCCACACAGGUGAAAAGCCAUAUAAAUGCAUGGAAUGUGGAGAAAGCUUCAGUGAGAGAAGCAGUCUACGUUCCCAUCUAAGGACCCACACAGGGGAGAAGCCACAUAAAUGCAUGGAAUGUGGAGCAAGCUUCAGUCAGAGAAGCAGUCUGCGUACUCAUCAAAGGACCCACACAGGGGAAAAGCCAUAUAAAUGCAUGGAAUGUGGAGAAAGCUUCAGUUAUAGUAACAAUCUGCGUACCCAUCAGAGGAGGCACACAGGGGAGAAGCCACAUAAAUGCAUGGAAUGUGGAGAAAGCUUCAGUCAGAGGGACAGUCUACGUUCCCAUCAAAGGACCCACACAGGGGAGAAGCCCUAUAAAUGCAUAGAAUGUGGAAAGAGCUUCAGUCGGAGUGACAAACUACGUUCCCAUCAAAGGACUCACACAGGGGAGAAGCCACAUAAAUGUAUGGAAUGUGGAAAGAGCUUCAGUCGGAGGGACAAUUUGCGUACCCAUCAAAGGACCCACACCAGGGAGAAGCCACAUAAAUGCAUAGAAUGUGGAGAAAGCUUCAGUCGCAGUGGCAGUCUACGUUCCCAUCAAAGGACCCACACAGGGGAGAAGCCAUAUAAAUGUAUGGAAUGUGGAAAGAGCUUCAGUUAUAGUAACAAUCUGCGUACCCAUCAAAGGACCCACACAGGGGAGAAGCCACAUAAAUGUAUGGAAUGUGGAAAGAGCUUCAGUCAGAGUGGCAAUCUACGUUCUCAUCAAAGGACCCACACAGGGGAGAAGCCACAUACAUGCAUGGAAUGUGGAAAGAGCUUCAGUCACCGUGAGAGUCUGCGUACCCAUCAAAAGAUCCAUACAGGGAAACCACAUAAAUGCAUGGAAUGUGGAAAGGGCUUCAGUCAGAGUGCGAGUCUGCAUACCCAUCAAAGGAUCCAUACAAAGGAGAAGCCACAUAAAUGCAUGGAAUGUGGAAAGAGCUUCAGUCACAGUGCGAGUCUGCGUAUCCAUCAAAGGACCCACACAGGGGAGAAGCCACAUAAAUGCAUGGAAUGUGGAAAGAGCUUCAGUCAGAGUGGACAUCUGCAUUCCCAUCAAAAGACCCACACAGCGGAGAAGCAACAUAAAUGCAUGGAAUGUGGAAAGAGCUUCCAUCAGAUUACAAAUCUGCGUAUCCAUCAAAGAACGCACACUGGGGAGAAGCCACAUACCUGCAUGGAAUGUGGAAAGAGCUUCAGACACAGUAUGACUCUGCAUAUCCAUCUAAGGACACACACAGGAGAGAAGCCACAUAUAUGCAUGGAAUGUGGAAAGACCUUUAGUAACAGUGCGGGUCUGCAUACCCAUCAAAGAACCCACACGGGGGAAAAACCACAUAAAUGCAUGGAAUGCGGAAAGUGUUUCAGCCAGUGGCACCAUCUGCAUUUUCAUCAAAGGAUACACACAGGAGAGAAGCCACAUAAAUGCAUGCAAUGUGGAAAGAGCUUCAGUCGGAGUGGAAAUCUGUGUAUCCAUCAAAGAACACACACAGGAGAGAAGCCACAUAAAUGCAUGGAAUGUGGAAAGAGCUUCCGUCACAGUACAAGUCUGCGUAUCCAUCAAAGGAUCCACACAGGAGAGAAGCCACAUAAAUGCAUAGAAUGUGGAAAGACCUUUAGUAACAGUGCGGGUCUGCAUACCCAUCAAAGAACCCACACAGGGGAAAAACCACAUAAAUGCAUGGAAUGCGGAAAGUGUUUCAGCCAGUGGCACCAUCUGCAUUUUCAUCAAAGGAUACACACAGGAGAGAAGCCACAUACAUGCAUGCAAUGUGGAAAGAGCUUCAGUCGGAGUGGAAAUCUGCGUAUCCAUCAAAGAACCCACACAGGAGAGAAGCCACAUAAAUGCAUGGAAUGUGGAAAGAGCUUCCGUCACAGUACAAGUCUGCGUAUCCAUCAAAGGAUCCACACAGGAGAGAAGCCACAUAAAUGCAUGGAAUGUGGAAAGAACUUCAGUGAGAGACAAUAUCUGCGUUCCCAUCAAAGGAUCCACACAGGAGAGAAGCCACAUAACUGCUUGGAAUGUGGUAAGAGCUUCAGUUACAGUGCGAGUCUGCAUACUCAUCAAAGGACCCAUACCGGGGAGAAGCCACAUAAAUGCAUGGAAUGUGGAAAGAGCUUCAGUCAGAGUGGACAUCUGCGUUCCCAUCAAAGGACCCACACAGGGGCGAAGCCACAUAAAUGCAUGGAAUGUGGAAAGAGCUUCAGUCAGAAUGAACACCUGCGUUCCCAUCAAAGGACCCACACAGGGGAGAAGCCUCAUAAAUGCAUGGAAUGUGGAAACAGCUUCAGUCAGAGUUCAAGUCUGCGUACCCAUCAAAGAACCCACACAGGAAGAGAAGCCACAUAAAUGCAUGGGAUGUGGAAAGAGCUGCACACAAGGUUCAGCAUGCAUUAGACAUCAAAGGACACACACACAGCUAGAGGAGACCUGCCUGCAUGUUUCCUAGUUCUACUGAAAAAUUUCCCCACUCAAGGGUUCCAGGCAGAAAAAAAAACGGACAGAAAAAGGAAGGCCUCCACCUUGCUCCUUAUCUGUCAUGUACAGCAGUGUGUGUGUUCUGGCUUGACUGCUUCUGGGGAUGAUCUUUAAAGGCUUUCUGAAAUGAGCAGCAACUGAGAUCUCAUGAGAAAAGUGUUCUGGAAAAGAAUAGUUCUUUUGUAGCAGAUAACGUCAUAAAUCUUGCCCUGGAUCUAGGCUUUGUUGCCCCUCGAAUAGAAUUCUGGACUCGGGCCUUGUUCCUAUAAUCCUGUUCUGGACUCCAUUAUACCCUGAGUUGUUGACUUUAAAUUCUGGACUGACUGCUUGGCUUGAUUUAAGGACUUGGACUUCAUCCCUGACUCUCUGGCUUGACUUUGGAAUUCUGACUUCGUUUUGUACUCUUGCAUUCUUGGUGGUUAUUUUGUGAUCUGUGGUGACUGCAUUCCUGACAUCUGACUGUUGGAAUUUGGCCUUGGCAAAUAUCAGUAAAUUGGGUGGUUAUACUUUUCAUUGUAAGCUGCUUUGGAUCUCCUUCAGGAGAUAUAAAGCAGACUAUAAAUAAAUAUAGUAGUAGUAAUAGUAGUAGUAGUAGUAGUAGUAAUGAUAAUAAUAAUUGCUUAGAGUAAUCCCUGUUAAUAAUUGAGACUGUUCAGUCACUACCAUUGGCAAAGUGUCCAUUAGGAUACACAGCAUCUCUCCCUAAGUUUAGAAAAUGGAAGACAAAGAAUGAUGACGUCAGCUGAUGAAGAUUCUUGAAUCUGUUGAGAUAAACAAAUCUUCAAAGUUGAGAAAGGGAAAUAUUUGUCUAGAUGCAAGUGAGAUUGGGAGUUACUAAUUCACUAGUUAUAGCAAUGAGGGAACAUUUGUUUAUUGUGGGUUUUAGGAAUUAGUUUAAAACAAUUAAAAUCAAAAAGUAAACAUAGAACAGCUUUUAAAGGGAGUAAAGAGAGAUAAAAAUCAGCAUGCAACAAGAGUUUUGUAGAUUCAUUUUUCUAUUAAUUUUGUUCUUCUGUAGGUAUGUGGCAUUGAGUCUUUUAUGUUUCUUAAGUAGCCCUUUUUUAAAAAAAAAUGCCAACAUUGUAAUUUGUAUGAACAUGUUUUAGUUUUACUUUCGUGUCUUUGAAUCAGAAUUAUACCAGUAGGAGCAUUGUGUCUAUACCCAAGGAAGUCACAGCCUCCUUUCUUCUGCUGUCUUGAGACCUCACCUGGACUAACCCUGUCUCUGUUUCUCAGUAGCAGAAUUCAAGAUGGAUAUUGACAGGUUAAAAUAUCUCCAGAGACAGGAUGUAGAGAAGGGCUGAGAGAGACAGCUGGGUAGGUUUAGCUUGGAGAAAAGAAGGAAGGGCUUCUCCCUCGGCAGGGAGGGAGGAGUCGGCCACCCAAUGUUUUUGGGUUAAUAGGACCCCCCGACUGUCAGGUAGAAAAAGAUGGAGUAGAUAGGAGUGUGUUCCACAGAAUUCCAGUGUGUGACCAUACAGUUCUCAGUAGAUAUGUGUUCACAGCACAGUACUCUAAAGGGAAACAGAGAAGAUGAUCCUAGAGGGACAGCUGAGGCAUUUCCUGUCCUCUGGAGGGAAGCAUGGGAGGGGCUUGUAUGUGCCCUUCCUUCUCUGCCAUGUGACUUCCUGUCUGCCAUUUGUUGGAGGCCUUGCCCUAAGUGUCAGCAUGUGUAAUCCAUCACCAUCCUUGUGUGUUUGUGAGUAUCUUUGUAUAUGAAGAGAAGACCUGUAAAUAGUUAUGAGUAGCAAAUAAAUCAAGAAUAAAACCUCCAAGGACUUUGGAUGAAA